AAGCCCUUGUCGUUUGCGGAUUGUGUUGGAGAUGAACUACCAUGGGGAUGGGAAGCUGCAUGUGAUCCUCAGAUUGGUGUGUACUAUAUUGACCACGUCAACCAAACAACACAAAUAGAAGAUCCCAGGAAACAAUGGAGGCAAGAACAAGAGAGAAUGUUAAAAGAUUAUCUUAUGGUAGCCCAAGAUGCUCUCAGUACUCAGAAAGAACUGUACCAGGUGAAAGAACAGAGGCUGGCACUGGCACUGGAUGAGUAUGUACGGUUGAAUGAUGCCUACAAAGAAAAAUCAAGCUCUCAUACAAGCUUAUUCUCAGGCUCCUCAUCAAGCACCAAGUAUGACCCUGACAUUCUGAAGGCUGAAAUCUCUACUACAAGAUUAAGGGUUAAGAAGCUGAAGAGUGAACUUUCUCAGAUGAAGCAAGAGCUGCUGUACAAGGAACAGGGCUUUGAAACACUGCAACAAAUUGACAAAAAAAUGUCUGGAGGCCAGAGCGGGUAUGAACUAUGUGAGGCCAAAGCCAUCCUGAGUGAACUGAAGUCCAUCAGAAAGGCAAUAAGUUCAGGGGAGAGAGAAAAACAAGAUUUAAUGAAGAGUCUUGCAAAGCUGAGAGAGAAAUUCAAUCUCGACCAGACCAUUGGAACAUCUGAACCAGACCUGAGUUCUAGCUCUGUGAACUCCCAGCUGUGUUUUUCUAGACAAACUCUGGAUGCAGGGUCUCAGACUGACAUUUCUGGUGAGGUUGGAGCAAGAAGCAGAUCAAAUUUAGCAGAGAAGGUCAGACUAAGUCUGCGCUAUGAAGAAGCAAAAAGGAGCAUGGCUAACUUGAAGAUUGAACUCUCUAAGCUAGAUAGUGAAGCCUGGCCUGGGGCACUGGAUGUGGAAAAGGAAAAGCUAAUGUUAAUCAAUGAAAAAGAAGAGCUUUUAAAGGAACUCCAGUUUAUUACACCACGCAAACGUACUCAAGAUGAGCUAGAGCAGCUAGAAGCAGAAAGGAAGAGGCUUGAAGAAGAGCUACUAUCUGUAAAAAGCACACCCAGUCAAGCACUUGCUGAAAGAUUGAAAUUGGAGGAGAGAAGAAAAGAGUUGGUACAGAAACUUGAAGAAACCACAAAGUUAACUACUUAUUUGCAUUCACAACUUCGGAGCCUCUCAGCUAGUACAUUAUCUGUGUCUUCAGGGAGCAGUUUGGGAUCUCUGGCAUCCAGCCGGGGAUCUCUGAACACAUCAAGCAGAGGGUCACUAAACUCACUCAGCUCCACAGAUCUCUACUAUAACCAAGGCAAUCAAGUAACAGAUUUGGACUAUCAGUAUAAACUUGACUUCAUAUUGCAAGAAAAAACUGGCUACAUUCCUUCGGGGCCUAUCACUACUAUCCAUGAAAAUGAAGUGGUUAGCUCCCAUGGGAGACUGGGUUACAGUGACUCUUCUUCAUCUGCAGACCAUCCCAAAUUGACUGAACCUCCAAAAUCUGUAACAUCACUGUCUUCCAGAUCCUCGUUGUCUUCCUUAUCCCCCCCAGGCUCCCCUUUGGUUUUAGAAGCUGCAUUUUCAGUGUCAGCUCAAAAUUCCCCUCUGCAUCACCUCACUACGGACUUUGAAGACUGUGAACUUUCAGGUGAUUUUGCAGGCAUUAGUCUCUGUGAGAACCAAAUAUUAUUGGACUAUGAGGCCAGAGCAGGAUCUCAGAUUCCUCCAGCUGAUAAAGAUCUUAAUGAAGGCAUUAGGCAGCCUCUAUCUUCUCUACAUGAAGGAAGUUCAGGUCUUGACUUACCCCAAAGAGCAGCUAGUCACCUGCUUCAGGAGAAGACAGUUUGUGUAUCUGCUGCUGUGUCUGAUGAAUCUGUAGCUGGAGAUAGUGGUGUAUAUGAAGCUUCUGUGAAACAACCAAAUGAAACUGAAGACAUUGUAUACAGUGAAGAUGAUGCAACAAUUCUAGAGGCUGCUCAGGUACAAGUAGGACUCAGAUACGACCACAGUAAUUCAAGUUUUGUGAUAAUCAUAGUACGGCUCAGAAAUCUUCCAGCAUUUUCUGUCCCCCUUGGGUCUAAAGUGUAUAUCAGAGUAGCAGUACUUCCAUCCUCAACUGAUAUCAGCUGUCUAUUCCGCACAAAAGUUCAUCCUGCCAUGGAAACUAUUUUAUUCAAUGAGAUAUUCAGAAUAGCCAUUUCCCAAGUAACACUGCUACAGAAGACGCUGAGAGUAGAUGUUUGUGCUGUCAGCAGAAGUCGUCGGGAAGAAUGCUUGGCUGGGACUCAGAUCAGUCUGGCAGAUUUAUCCUUUUUUGUUGAGACUUGUACUCUGUGGUACAACCUGUUGUCUUGCAAGCAAUUUCCGGGCAAAAAAAACACGGAACAGAACGAAGUAUCCAUGUUUCUAUUAGGCAAGCAGUCAUCAGACUCAUUGGACUUGGAUGCUGUGUCAGCUCUGCUGGAGAGGACAUCUGCUGAGCUGGAAGCAGUAGAACAAGAGCUGGCUGAAGAUGAAGACGAGGAAGAACAGGAGCAAAGGGGCUCUGAGGAAGACUGGUUAGAAAUGCUCAUAGAAGCCACUGAUGAAAUUAUGGAUGAAGAGGAAGAUAGCGUUAAGCUGGCAGUAGAAGGCAACUGUACUGAUGACAUGGGGUUACUCAUUAAUGCACAAGAAACAAAUGAAGACAAGGACAGAGAGAACAGCAAUGAAGCCCAUGAAAGCCAGCAAGCUGCUGUAAUACUAACACUGGUUGAUAAAGAGACUAACACCGAGGAAUCGCUUAAUGAGAAUGCAACAGUCCGACCCAAGGACAGAGCCAGCUGGAGCUCAAGACAGCGUCCCUUUGUCAGGAACAGCAUGAUAGUGCGCUCACAAACCUUCUCUCCAGGCGAGCGGAACCAAUACAUCUGCAGGUUGAAUCGAAGUGACAGCGACAGCUCAACACUAGCCAAAAAGUCUCUCUUUGUGAGAAAUGCUACGGAACGGCGAAGCCUGAGAGUUAAACGGCCUGUUUGCCAACCAAUCAUGCAAAGAGCCACGCAAGAGUGCCCCAUACGCACUUCCCUUGACUUGGAGCUGGACCUCCAGGCAUCACGCACAAGACAGAAUCGUCUGAAUGAUGAGCUUCAAGCCUUGCGGGAUCUUAAACAAAAGCUUGAGGAAGUGAAAGGUAGAGGAGAGACAGACCUUCCCCUGUGUGUGCUAGAGGAUGAACGAUUCCAGAAACUCCUGAAACAAGCUGAAAAACAGGCUGAACAGUCAAAAGAAGAACGGAAACAAGGUUUAAGUGCUGAGAAACUCAUGAGGAAAGCUUCUAAGGAUGUAUGCCGAUUACGGGAGCAGAGCCAGAAAGUGCCACUGCAGGUGCAGUCAUUCAGGGAGAAAAUAGCAUACUUCACAAGAGCAAAGAUCGGUAUACCAGCCCUUCCAGCUGAUGAUGUGUAAUUACUCAUUUUCAUCAGUGUUCUUCUACUUGCUCAUCUCUCUUCAGAUGAAUUUUGUAGUUCCAGUGACCUGCUUUUAAAGAUCUUCUAUUUUACAUUCACUAUUGAGAUGUUUCUUUGUAAAAUAUAGUGAAUUGAAUUGUUGUAUGCAUAAAAGAU